CUCAGUGAUCUCGGAGUUGUGGGGUUUGCGCGGACUCGCAAUAUAAGGACUGGCUGUGAGUUUGCUCGGCAGAUGCUGGCACCCAGCGGCUGUGGGACUGACCGCCGCUCACUCUCCACAUUGCUCAGGAUUCCUCUCAAGCUGCUACCAUGUGGGGGCCGUUCCUGUCGCUGUUGAUCACUUCCAUUUUUUUAACCAAAAGAGUUCAAGCUGUCAAAUGGGGAUCAUGUGAACAUGUGGAUGUGCAACAGAAUUUUAGUCUCGAUCAGUAUAUGGGAACAUGGUAUGAAAUUGAACGAUUUUAUAAUGUCACUGAAGACCUCAGAUGUAUUUCUGAAACAAUAUCCUCAUCAUACAAUGGGCUAAGAAACGUAUAUGAGGUUAUCACUUUGAUCACGAAGGGUAAUGAGGUGACUGAACGCACUGCAGAAUUAAUUCCACCUGACGAGACAGCCAAAGAUCAAGCAAAACUAAUCUUCAGACUUACAGAUGAACACGGAGUCCAAGAUCCUUUAGAUCAUGGAAAUGUUUUGCGUUACUGGGUGUUAGACACUGACUAUACAAGUUACUCUCUGGUAUUCUCCUGUGCAUCUUUCCUUGGCAUAAUGCACACACCUUAUGCCUGGACUUUUUCAAGAGAACGACAGCUGUCAGCAAAUACCACACAGUACCUGCAUGGUGUUCUGGAAAAAUAUAAGAUUAACACUAAUGACUUUGUGAAAAUUAAUCAAGAAGAUUGCACAUAAGAACCGAUCAGAAAACAUAUAAAACAUU